AAGGUAUUUAACCAACCAGAUCACCAACCAAUCGGGUCGAAGUGGGGCUGUCGCGCGAUCGCGCGUCCUGAGGCUAGAGUGUGGAAUUGCUACACUGCUGCGGCCUGCCAGCAGUGCCUUGGCGUUUACAAUUGUACCACCAUUUCCCAUCAGGAGCGAUUUGAGUCGUGGGUGCUGCUGCCAUUGUCGCUGCGUGCUGUCGUAGGCUUUAUGCUUCUCCACUCAGCGCUUUUGAGGCGGUCCUUAGCCUGUCCUAACCACCUCUUGUCCACCAUGGCGGCUGCGCAGAGCCUCACGAGGUCGGUGGUGACGCCGCCAAGUUUGGCGGCUGGAAGCAGAAGCGGUGCUAAGGCACGGACUACCACUGCCCCCGCUGCUCCUGCCCUUCGCUCUUCCUUCGUCCGCAGUCUGUGCACCCCUAAAGUCCUCGCCAGCAAAGCAUAUCUUGGCUCUCAGAGCCUCCUCAGUCUUAGCCAGGCUGCCGCAAGCAGCAGAGCAUGGGAGAGACAGACGGGGGGCGCUUUGACUUGCAGGGCUGUUGCUACAGAAGCCCCAGCAAAGGAGGAGAAGCAUGAGUAUCAGGCAGAGGUGAGCCGCCUGCUGGAUCUCAUCGUCCACAGCCUGUACAGCCACAAGGAGGUCUUCCUGCGGGAGCUGGUCAGCAAUGCGAGCGAUGCUCUUGACAAGCUCCGAUUCUUGAGCGUGACGGAUCAGAGCCUCCUCGGCGACUUCCCAGACCUUGAGAUCCGGAUCAAGGCCGACAAGGAUGCAGGGACCAUCACCAUCACAGACUCGGGCAUUGGUAUGACACGUGAGGAGCUGCUGGACAGUUUGGGUACAAUUGCCCGUUCAGGGACUGCAAAGUUUGUCCAGGCAAUCAAGGAUAACAAGGAUGACAACAACCUGAUUGGCCAGUUCGGUGUGGGCUUCUACUCGGCUUUUCUUGUCGCAGAUAAGAUCACGGUUACGACCAAGAGCCCCAAGUCUGACCAGCAAUGGAUCUGGGAGUCCGAGGCCGACACCAGCACAUACACCAUCAAGGAGGAGAUGGAUGAUUCCAAGCUGCUGCCACGUGGCACGAGCAUCACCCUGCACCUCAAGGAGGCCGACCGCGAGGAGUACUUGGACUUCCGGCGCAUCAACGGGCUGGUGAAGAACUACUCGCAGUUCAUUAGCUUCCCCAUCUACACCUGGGUCGAGGAGCUCGUCGAUAAGGAGGUCCCGGACACAGACGCGCCCGUCGAAGAGGGUCAGGAGCCCAAGAUGAAGACCAUCUCGGAGAAGAAGUGGGAGUGGAAGCUCCAAAAUGAGACCAAGCCGCUCUGGAUGCGGUCGCCCAAGGAUGUUGAAAAGAAGGAUUACGACGAGUUCUUCAAGUCUACGUUCAAGGAGUUCAUGGAGCCUGCCGCGUACUCGCACUUCAAGACAGAGGGCGAGAUCGAGUUCACGAGCCUGCUGUUCGUGCCGGGCAUGCCGCCGUUCACGCAGGAGGAGGCGAUGCCCACCAUCGCCAAGAACAUCCGGCUGUACGUCAAGCGCGUCUUCAUCAGCGACGACUUUGGCGGGGACCUCAUGCCGCGCUACCUGGCCUUCGUCAAGGGCGUCGUCGACUCCAACGACCUCCCGCUCAAUGUUUCUCGGGAGCUGCUGCAGGAGAGCCGCGUGGUGCGCAUCAUGCGCAAGCGGCUGAUCCGCAAGACGUUCGACAUGAUGGACGAGAUCGCGAAGGACGGCGAGAAGUACGACACGUUCUGGCAGAACUGGGCGCGCAACAUCAAGCUGGGCGUCAUUGAGGACUCCGCCAAUCACAACCGCCUCGCGCCGCUGCUGCGCUUCUUCACCUCCAAAAGCGAGGACAAGCAGAUUGGGCUGCAGGAAUACAUUGACCGCAUGAAGCCCGACCAGAAGGACCUCUACUAUCUUGCCGCCGACUCGAAGAAGAGCGCCCAGACCGCGCCCUUCUUGGAGCAGGUCAACGAGAAGGGCUUCGAGGUGCUGUUCUUGACGGAGGCGAUCGACGAGGUGGCCGUAAACGCGCUCAAGGAGUUUAAGGACAAGAAGCUGGUGGACAUCACCAAGGAAGACCUGGACCUUGGCGACGCGAGCGAGAAGGAGGAGAUGGAGAAGGCGGAGAAGGAGUACGUGGUGCUGUGCGACUAUUUAAAGCGGCAGCUGGGCGACAAGGUGGCCCAGGUCAAGAUCUCCAACCGCAUCUCCACGUCGCCCUGCGUCCUCGUCACCAGCAAGUUCGGCUGGUCCGCCAACAUGGAAAAGGUGAUGAAGGCCCAGGCGAUGGGCGCCGACCCGCAGCAGAUGGAGUAUAUGCGCGGCCGCAAGAUCCUAGAGAUUAACCCCAAGCAUCCUAUCAUUAAGGACCUCGAUACGAUCGCAAAGACGUCGCCGACAAACGUGCACGGCAAGAACAUGGUCGAGCUGCUGUACGAGAGCUCACUGCUCACUAGCGGGUUCCAGCCGGACAACCCGACCGAGUUCGUGUCCAAAGUGUACGAGAUGAUGGCCGUUGCGCUGGACGCCAAGCGGAAGCAGCGGCAAGAGGACCUAGAAAAGUUCGGCUCGCCCAAGGCGCCGGAGCAACCCAAAGCGACCCCCGCUGCCGAGGAAAGUACGAAUGAAAAUGUCGUAGAAGCGAGCCAAGUGCUCACGGAGGAGGACCCCUGGAAGCAAUAGACGCAAGCGCGCGAGCUUGGGAGUCCGGUCGGAAGCAUAGGUUAGCGAAAUAAGGGAUUGACAUAGAUAAUUAUAGACUGAUUAAAGUUGACAGCGUGAGAAAUACUUUUGCCCAAGCGAGUGGAAGAGCCUCUUGAAACGAGAAAUGCAGAGCCUUGACCAUCCUCUGAGCAGGGUGAUGGCGUUUCAUUCAGUCCAAUCCUCGGUUCCGUUUAAUGAGUCACGUUCUGCAAGCGGUCAAAAGUCCGUCGACGGCAGGGCAAGUAUCCAAGUAUGCAUUGCAUGGCAGAA